AUGUCUUCCACUGAUUCUUCCUCUUCCUCCUCGAGCAUCGACCACAGUGUCUGCUCCAGCGAGCUGGAUGAUCGCCUUGGGAAGUUGAUCAUGCCAGGCUCCAAUCCCACCUCUAGCCAAAGCAGUGACUACCAAGCUGUGGAGGUUCCCGACGACUUCGACACGAGCCUAACCUCCGAACCAUCCAAUAGUAUGCAUGUGCUCGAGGAGAUGAAAGGCUAUAAGAUGAAGGAAGCCUUCUACAGUAGCAAAGACGAGGUUCUUGGCAGAGGAGCCUACGCACAGGUCCGCGUCGUCUAUAAGCGCAACAGCGAAGACAGGACAUCUCGUUAUGUCGCCAAGGAGUUCUUCGAGAGGAAGUAUGCCCCAUACGAUGUUUUCGUGCGUGAUAUUCGUAAAGAGUUCAUCGUUGCUCGUCAUGCUUGUCAUCCAAAUGUCGUCAAAACUGUCGACCUUUGCAUCAAGGAGAGGCAGUGUGGCAUUGUCAUGGAAUACUGCAGCCAGGGUGACCUCUUAGAUGUCCUUUCGAUCGGUCGGCUAAGCACCACUGGCAAAUUAUGCCUGUUCAAGCAGCUUUUACGUGGUGUAUCCUACCUUCAUAACCAUGACAUCGCCCAUCGAGACCUGAAGCCAGAGAACCUGCUCCUCACGGAAAAGGGUGUUCUCAAGAUAACCGACUUUGGUUUCGCCGUGGUCUUCAGGGACCCCGAGAUAAACCCCGAUAGAGUUCGCCAUUGUUCGAACAAAAACAUCUGCGGUACCGAACCCUAUCUGCCACAUGAGGUAUGGUACAGUAGAUACUAUGACCCUCGCCGGCUUGAUGUAUGGGCCUGUGCCUUGAUCGGACGAUACUUGUUCAAUCAUAGCAUGGCCUGGGAGGUCGCCGACGUUAAAAAGGAUAGUCAGUUCCAAAGCUUUGUACUUACCUGGAUGAAAUUUCGUGAAAGCCGUUGUGCCAGCCUUAUUGAAUGGGCUGAUACCCAUGAAUGGCAGCCAGGGUUCAGGCCUGCAGACUACCCUAGCGUUCAGAUAUGGUCUUUGAUACGCAUGAUGCUGCACAUUAACCCCGAGAAAAGGCUCACCAUCGACGAAGCCAUGAGUAGUCCCUGCAUUCAAGCUAUUGAUUGCUGUUCUCCGCCGGGGCUUGAAACAGAUUCUACAGACUCUCCCUCUCCUUCUGAUACUCAUCAUCAUUGUCAAGGUUCCCAGGGGCUGUCACCACCACGGCACUCAUCAGACACGGACACCAGGACAACCAAAUCAAGUGACAUCAAUAGGCGAGUAUUUCAAGUGAGUAGUGAAUAA